CGCUGGGAUAUUUAAGUCUUCUCCGCGGCGCGGAGCCGCGAUGUCUCCGGCGGCUGCUGCGGCUGGAGGAGGCGAGCGGCGGCGGCCCAUAGCGAGUGUCAGGGACGGCCGGGGCUGGGGCUGUGGCGGGCCGGCUGGGGCGGCGCUCCUCGGCCUGUCGCUGCUCGGCCUCGUGCUGUACCUGGUGCCGGCGGCGGCUGCGUUGGCCUGGCUGGCUGUGGGGGCUACAGCGGCCUGGUGGGGACUGAGCCGCGAGCCCCGAGGGUCGCGCGCCUUCUCGCUCGUUCGGAACGCGCGGCGUCAGCGAACGCUGCUCGCCUCUCCUCCGGCCAAGUCGGCAGUAAACGGAAGUCUCCUAGAGCCGCGGAGCCUACUCGAAGGACCUGACCCCGCUGAACUGCUCCUCAUGGGCAGUUACCUGGGCAAGCCCGGCCCCCCGCAGCCUGCCCCGACCCCGGAGGCCAGGGUCCUGCGAGAGAGGCCUGGCCGCCGCCCACCUGCCCGUACCGCGCCGCCUGCUCAGUCGGCCCAUCCCAAUCGCGUUCACGUUCACCCCUCCCUCCCUACUCCUCUUCUUCGACCCUCUCGGAGGCCUGCCCACAGGGAUUGUGGGACUUUAUCACAUCGGUUUGUAAUAACACCUCGAAGAAGAUAUCCAAUCCAGCAGGCCCAAUAUUCCUUGCUAGGGGUGCUUCCCACAGUAUGCUGGAAUGGUUAUCACAAGAAGACUGUGCUAUCUGCUCGAAACUCCAAAAUGGUGUGCAGCCCAGUGACAGUGAGAAUUGCUCCUCCAGAUAGCAAAUUGACUCGUUCUCCAAUACCAGAGCAGAUUAUCAGCUCAACACUGUCCUCACCAUCAACUAGUGCCCCAGACCCAUGUGCAAAGGAGACUGUACUGAGUGCCCUCAAAGAGAGGAAGAAACGAAUAGUAGAGGAGGAAGACCAAAUAUUUGCUGAUAGCCAGGAAAAUAAAAGAAGGCGCCAUGAUAGCAGUGGGAGCGGACAUUCAGCAUUUGAGCCCCUGGUGGCCAAUGGAGUCCCUGCUUCUUUCGUGCCUAAGCCUGGGUCUCUGAAGAGAGGUCUUAAUUCCCAGAGCUCAGAUGACCACCUGAAUAAGAGAUCCCGCACCUCUUCUAUGAGUUCCUUGACAAGCACGUGUGCAGGUGGCAUCCCUAGCUCCAGCCGCAAUGCCAUCGCCAGUUCCUACAGUUCUACUCGAGGUCUCUCUCAGCUGUGGAAGAGGAGUGGACCCAGUUCAUCUCCAUUCUCUAGCCUCCCCUCAUCCCGCUCCCAGACACCAGAGAGGCCAGCAAAGAAAAUAAGAGAAGAGGAGCUUUCUCAUGAUUCUAGCUCUUCAACUCCAUUGGUAACAGACAAGGAGUCCCAGGGAGAAAAGGUUGCAGAUACAACCACAUGGAAGAAACAGAACUCGUGGAAUUCCCCAUCAACACCUGGCAGCUCUGGGCAGCGUAAACGGAAGGUUCAGCUGCUGCCCUCCAGGCGAGGGGACCAGCUGACCUUGCCUCCACCUCCCCAGCUUGGUUAUUCAAUCACUGCUGAAGACUUAGACUUGGAAAAGAAAGCUUCACUACAGUGGUUUAACAAGGUCUUGGAGGAUAAGACUGAUACUGCCUCGAACUCUGUCACUGAGAACCCGUCUACCAGUCAGUCACCUUUCACUUUUACCCUGCCUGCUGCUGGGACUGCCACCUCCCCAGCCUCCCUCCCAGCCCCAAGCACUAACCCACUGCUGGAGAGCUUGAAGAAGAUGCAGAAUUCCCCAGGCCUGCCAUCCCCCCCUGAAUCUGCUGGAGUGGCAACCACUGUGGCCCAUUCACCUCUGAAGACACCCAGCCCUCUGGCCCUUCUUGGCUCUUCACAGUCAGGGCCCCUUCCAGGCACCUCCUCAGACUCCACGUCCACAGCCACUUUCUCGGGUCUGACCCCUGCUUCUUCCACAGGGCCAGUCACUGACACCGCCAAGUCACCACCAGCCCCUCAGGCCGAGACAUCUGCCAAGUCCCCAGCCCCAUCUGCCCCAUCUCCCACCCCUAAGCAGAGCAUUCUGUUUGGAAUGCUGAACACCCCACCUGCAGACCCUCCUGUCUCUGCAGCUCCUGUUGUGUCUUCAGCGUCUCCCAUGUUCAAGCCCAUUUUUGCAGCUCCACCUAAAAGCGAGAAUGAAGGCCCCUUGCCUUCUAGCCCUUCCAAGGUCACAACCACAGCCUCUUCCAGCUCAGCCCUCCCCACGAUGACCAGCACCCCACUUCUCACUUUCAAACCUGUCUUCAACACCAUGGGGCCACCUACAUCUGUGCCCCUGUUAACUCCCUUCUUCAAGCAAACAGCUCCUCCAGCCACUACCACGAGCGCCCCUCUCUUCACGAGCCAGGCCAGUGCCACCCCGACAGUGGCUUCCAUGACCACAGCCAGCACCUCCACAGACUCUGCUCCGAAGCCUGCGUUCGGCUUCGGUAUGAGCAACGUGACCAGUACCCUGAGCAGCGUGACCAGCACCACGGCCUCCACCUCCCAGCCCUUCCUCUUUGGGACCCCGCCUGCUUCUGGUGCCAGCUUCACCCCGGCCAUGGGCUCCAUAUUCCAAUUUGGCAAGUCUCCUUCUGUGCCUGCUUCAGCAACAGUCACCACUUUUGGCCAGUCCCUUCCCAGUGCCGCUCAGACCGCCGCCAGCGGCAGCAGCACUGCCAGCUUUGGUGGUUUUGGCGGCACCCUCAGCACCUCCACCCCGGUCACCAGCAGCCAGCCCACGCUGACAUUCAGUAGCACAAGCACCCUGGCUUUCAACAUCCCCUUCAGCUCAAGCGCAAAGCCCCCUCUGCCGUCCUACCCGGGAGCCAACCCCCAGCCCACCUUCGGGGCCACUGACGGGCAGCAGCAGGGGGCGACCAAGCCAGGCCUUGCCCCUGGCUUUGGCAGCUCCUUUGCUUUUGGAAACUCUGCAGCCCCAGCCCCAGCCCCAACUGCAACUCCAGCGCCAGCCCCAGCCCAGCCGGCCUUUGGCAGCGCCACACAGUCAGCAUUUGGCGGUCUGAAACCCACAGCCUCUGCCUUCGGCACCCCUGCCAGCACCCAGCCCGCCUUCGGCAGCACCACAGCUGUUUUCUCCUUUGGUGCAGCCACCACGUCUGGCUUUGGAGCUACAACCCAGACCACCAGCAGCGGGACCAGUAGCUCGAUGUUUGGCAGCGCAACGCCAUCGCCCUUCACAUUUGGGGGAUCGGCGGCGCCAGCCAGCAGUGGGGGCUUUGGGAUCGGCGUGGCCACCGCAGGCACCAGUGCCGCCUCUGGAGCAUUUGGCUUCGGAGCAGGACAGAGUGGGACCACUGGCAGCACCACCCCUUUCGGGGGAGGCUUGAGUCAGAACAGCUUGGGCAUGCCCAGCCAGAACACAGCCUUUGCCUUCAGUGUGGCCAGCACACCAGACAGCAAACCUGUGUUUGGAGGCACCUCCACACCCACCUUUGGUCAGAACACCCCUGCCCCUGGGGUGGGCACAUCGGGCAGCAGCCUCUCCUUUGGGGCAUCCUCAACACCCACCCAAGGCUUUGUUGGAGUUGGACCUUUCGGACCAGCGGCCCCUUCCUUUUCCAUCGGUGCGGGAUCCAAGACCUCAGGGGCUCGGCAGCGACUGCAGGCCCGAAGGCAGCACACCCGCAAGAAAUAGCCUUUGUCCCUGCCCAUUCCCCCGCCCCUUGCCCAAAUCUGCUAGGAAGAGCCUCUGACCCCUCUAGUUCCAUAAAGCAGACCUACCCCAGGCCUCUGGCUUCAGCCACCAGGGAGGUAGCAGCAGCCCCGGCGGCUGUUUCCCUCUCCUCCAGGAAGCAGAAGCCUCGGGCCAUCGAGGGAGGUGGGGCGGGACAGGGCGGGGCAGGAGCCUGCUACCUUACUUGAACAGUUCCGCUGGUGAGGCUGGAGAGAACUAAAGAAACACCUGUACAUAUGGUCCACUUCCUUCCCUGACUCUUGUGUGGUGUUUAAGCUUAGUCAGGCGGCCUCCCUUCCCGCCUUUUCCCUGAGAGCCAUCUUUGCCGGAGGGUAACGGAGGGUCACCACUUGCAUCUCUGACAUGCACUUGAUGGGACUGGGGGAAAUGGAUUAUCCCUAAAGCUUUACCUUGCUUGGCUUGGCUAUAAAAAGUGGUUCUCCCCUUGUCCCUUUAGGGGGCUGUUUCCCCAUUUCUUGCUGCUUUAUCCCUCACUGGUUCCUUACAGGAUCGAUUCCUUUUAAAAUGAUCCUGAAUCUAGCUUUGCCUUGGAGACCCCAGUGGGUGCCGCUCCUGCUGUUCCACUUCCUCCUGCCAAGUCUGAGCCGAUGUUUCAUCCCCAACCCUCUCUGCCAGUUUGGCCCCUAAAAGCUUGGUGGCUCAAGACUGUUAGCCUGGCAGACCCAGGGGUGGUACCUCACUCCAGGAGAUGGAAGCUCUUGGAGCAGGCAGGAUGCCCACCACUGCUUUCAGCUGCCUCCUCACCCACCUUCCCUGUUGGCCUCACUGGGCUCGUCUGCCUCUCCGGGAUUGUACGUUUAAAGCCUUGUUCUGUGUUAUUUUGUCUGAUGCUCAUGUCUAUUGCUCUUUGAAUCGAGUUUGGAGGAAGCAUUGAAUUGUAUGAGUGGCGGCAUGUUGGUAGUGCCGGACUUAACUGUUUCUCAAGUUUCUGGGGCCUAGCUAAUUGAAUGUGCAAAGUAGCACCACUUUACGGCUGUAAGUGCCGAGUCCUGGAUUUUCAAAUGGUGUUUUGACUUUUAAGGGCUGGCAGCCCAGGAGGAUGGGGCCAAGGGGAAGCAAAGGCCUCUCCCCUCUGCUGUUUCUUUCCCACCUCCCUCACCUCACUGUAGGCAAGAUCACCCGUAGGGUAUGUUAGAAAACCUAAAUUAAUGAAUCACAUUUUAAAAUUACAUUACUCCCCACCCCUUCCCUUCUUUUUCCUUUGUUCCAAAACCACAUACCCUAGGCCCAAGAGCCUUGCUGCCAGGCCCAUCCUCUUUGGGAGAAGUAUGAAUGCGUGUGUCUAAAUUAAAAGAAAAAAUAUUUAAACAUUUUUUAACAAAAUAAAAAUUUAUUUUUGUAUUUAAGCUAAAUUGCCUUUUAAAUUCCUUCAAGCUUGGUUCAUUGAGGUGGUUAAGUAUAAAUGCUAUUGACUAGAAAUUAGCUGUACUGUUAAGUUAUACCUGUGUGAAGAAGAGGCUCAAAUGCUGUCCCAGGCAGCUUUCCUAAGGGACUAGAGCUCCUUCUGGAAACAUAUAAAAAUGUAAUUCUUAUUUUAUAAAUAAUGUGAUGUAGAUGUAACUAGUCCCCCCACCUUUGUGACUGAGGGUGAAUGUUCUGUGGCAGGGGACUGCUCCUCCCCGCCCCCAAGAAGAGCUCUGUUGUGUGUGGAGCUGGGGGGGCCCUGAACCUCAAAUACCUACUAGAUUGGAGGGGGGGUGGGGCACGGGUCUAGAAAUCAAGCUUCUACCUAUACCUUAUGUAAGGUAGACCCUCUUAGUUUAGUGCUCUAAGCUAGUUUACCUCAGUUCCACCCACAGGCAGGACCGUUGGUCCAGGAGCCCCUGAAGCGGGCAUCCUGGUGCCUGAGUGUGAGCGCGAGUGUGUACACGUACGUGCACUGGGCAGGAGCGGGAGGCUGGGACUUUCCACAACAAAGACUGAAUUCCUGUGAGUCUAGUUGGAAUUUUUAGUAUGAAUGUGAGAUUUUUCUCUUUGCUUAUGUCAUUAAGAAUAAAAAAACUGUGAUCUAUCGUA